CAAACCCAUAUUUCCUGAUAUUUCGUGAUAUUUGGUGAUGGUUCGUUGGGGCUUGGUGGCCGGAAGCUCCCUGGCCCUCACAGCGCUGCUCCUCCUCCGCAAGAACUCCAGGCAGUCGGGCUCCAACGGGAAGGACCAGGCCGAGGCGGCCAGUGAUGAGGAGACCAUGGAGACCGUGGAGACCCAUGGUACGAAUGCUGGGGAUGAUGGGAAUGAUGCUGGGAAUGGUACAGAUGGUACAGAUGGUACAGGUUCCUCAGAAACAGAGGAUCCCGAGGAGAAGCGUUUGCUGCCACUUCCAGUGGUGGAGAUGGUGUUGAUUGCUGUCCUGGUCAUGUUACUGGUGCGGGGAGGGGCACUGCUGGGCCACACAUCAGAGGAACAGGUGAAGAGUGGCAUUCUGCCGGCUGAACAGGUGGUGUGGAACUUCCAGAAGUUCCUUCGAUGUAUCUUGGUGGUGCUUUGUUUUACCUCCUCCUACCUGCAAAAACACAAACUCUUUGACCGUGCCAAUGGGAAUUGGCCCAACAUGGUCUUCAGUCGUUUGAGUCAAGAGCUCUGGCUUCUUCCCUCGAAUGAGUCUGAUGGCGUGAAACAACGUCGAAGACUCACGCUUUUGCUGGUGGCUCUGGGACGUGCUUGUUUAGGCACUGUGAGGAGCUUCAUCAAAUUUCGAUCUCAUAUUGAUGAAAAGGAGCAGAACAUUUGCAGUGGGCCUUUCAUCAGUUGGAUCAUCUUCUUGUUGGAUGUCACGGCGAACUGCGGUUUCCUCCUGGGUUUCAGCGCGGGGCGGCACUACUUCGCUGCCCUGCGCCGCGGCUACGUCGACGUCGAGGCCGACGUUUCCGGAUCCCCGGCGCCGGAGAGCGGCCCAGUGCAGCGGCCCCGGGCCGCCGUGGCCGGCGGCCCGGAGCGGGAGGAGAUGGCCGAAUCGCCGCGGAGCAGUCAGUUACCGGCCAAAGACAACAGUCUCAAGGCAUUUUGUCAAGGAGAACAAGUGGAUCAUCCCAUUUUUACAUGUUAUGCUCGACGUGCUUUGCUGGUCUUAUUGCUCACUUCAGCCUUGGAAUGUGGUUUGCUUUCCCACUGGGAGGCGGGAAUUCUUGGAAAUCGCGAUGAUGAGGUCGACAUCUUUCGAAUGCGACCCUACUUCCAAUCCUGGACACCGGAUUUCUCAAGAUGGCGUUUAAGGCGUUUGAUCCUGGGAAGUUGGCGAGAUUUGUUUUAUUUCAUGCUGCUGUAUCCCUUUCCAGCUGCCAGCUUCGUUCUUUGCGCCAUUUUGGCGCAUCGAUUUUUUGGUCAUUCACGGUUCCACUUGGUGGAUGACGUCUUACAUCGAGCAGUGAUGGGCUUGAUGUCCUAUGCGGUGUUGCUGGGAGCACACCGGGCCUACUUUGCGAUGAGUUGUUUGCUCAUUUGCUGGGAAUGUCGACAUUUGGAAAAUCGGGCCAAUGAUUUUGCCCGCACCUUUCCACAACUGAGCCCAAGACAGCGAUGGUUACAACACUUCUCGUUGACCAAUGAGGUCAAGGCGCUCCAACAACGUUUGGCUCCCUUGAUUCGAUACGUCUUUUUGCAAAGGUUUGCUUACCUGGCUUUAGAUGUUGCACGACAAUCCUGCGAUGCUUCUCUUCCCUUCAACUUGGUACAUUAUUUGUUUCGCCAUGUGAUGUUCUUGGCAGCUUUGGGAAUCACUUCUUGGCGCAUUGGAAAGCUCAAUUUCUCCAUCUAUGAGAAGCUCCACAAUGCCAUCAUGGAUUUGCUUCCCCGGAAUUGGGCGGAACAUCUGGGUCACAGCGCUACCCUGCAACAAGAGAUUGUUUUGUCGAAGCAACACUUGGAGGAUUGGUUCAGAUAUGUACAGCAUAACAUCGAUACAGGUAGAAGAGAUGCCUGUAUCUGUGUAUUCCAUUUACGUUUUGCCGCCAAGAGUCAUGUUUUGGCCUUGUCGGUGUUGACGUUGCUCACCCUGCCGUUACUCAACAAAGUCUUGGAGUACUACGGCCGACACGUGGUGAACGACCGCUUGCUGGGUCCGGAUGCCGGGGCCUUUCUGAAUCAAAUGGAGAGAACCUGCGCAGCUUCUGAGGAGUAAACAAAA